UGGAUUUGUCCUUCGCAGUAUUGACCGCAGAACGUCGAUAAGUUCGAUCGAAUUUUUUCGCACGCUUUCUGGAAGGUCGUUAAAAUUUGCUUCUUAGACGGCUAUUUACAUACAUCCUGGAUGCUAAAUGACUGAAAGAUCAUUCCAGUCACUAAUUAGUGGUAUUUCCCUGCAUGACGAAGCUGCACUCAAUAACAUUUCUCUAAAAGCUGCUCUUGACAGUCAAAAUUUUGAUCUAAAUGGGCAGAGUCAUGAGGAUGGAUUAUCUGUUCCUGGAAAAGGAGUAAACAUUGUUUCUAAGCCCAGGAUGCUUUCUUCUGGAAUGCCUGCUAGUUCCGGUUGUGGGACACUAACUAUGGCUCCUGUUCCUAUAGGUGCUCUUGCUCCCGGUAAAAUUGGUCUCCCACUCAAUGAUUUAGAAAAUAUUCCUAUUUUUAACACUGGGGACUCCGGUCCUCUAGAACUACAAGCUUUGCAAGGUGGUGCACAAGCACUUCAAGGUGUUCAAACUGUCAAGCUGACAUUUAUCAACUGUGGAGAUCAACAAACUAUUCUUCUUACCACCCCUUCUACACAUUUCACUAUGCCUGAGCAAAGUUUAGAUGGCAUGACUCUCACCCUGCCUGAUAACUUAUUAGCUACCGAUCUUAAUUUUGCUGGACUUACUUCAAUGCAGCUGGGUGAGAUGACUAGUGGCAACGAUAAGCCCAAUUCAUCGGAAGGCUCCAAGUCCACAAAUUACACAAAUAUGACUUCCCUCCCACCAAUAACCUCCGUGUCAGACAAGCUUUAUAGUCAAAUCGCCAACGAUAACGAAUCGAUUCAGCAAAGCCACAGUUACGCUAUUGAGGAUUUAAAACCGGUAAUGCAAAAAAACAAUGAAAAAAUACAUGAUGGGAACUCUGCUUAUGCUCACACUAAUCAGUCUGGCAAUUUGAAUGCGUCGCCAGUUGUUGUUACGUCCCAAAAUACGUUUAAUCAAUCAGUGAAUGUUAAACCCGUAAAGCUAAUUGACCCAGGGAACGUAUCACCUAUUCCUCAAGUUGAUGGCAGUGAUCAGGAAGGUAAUGAUCAAAACCUGCCUGAUGAUAUGAGUGAACUCAACACUAAGGAUUUAGCCCAAAGAAUAAGCGCAGAGCUAAAGAGGUACAGCAUUCCACAAGCAGUGUUUGCACAACGAGUUCUGUGUCGAAGCCAAGGAACGCUUUCUGAUCUGCUUAGAAACCCAAAACCUUGGAGCAAGCUAAAGUCAGGACGUGAAACGUUUAGACGCAUGUGGAACUGGUUGAACGAACCUGAGUACCAGCGGAUGUCUGCCUUACGCCUUGCAACGUGUAAACGAAAAACAGAAGAAACUCAGAAAGCUCAAGAUGAACGCUCUUCAAAAAAACCUCGACUUGUUUUUACUGAUAUUCAAAGACGCACGUUACAUGCUAUUUUCAAAGAAACUAAGCGUCCUAGCAAAGAAAUGCAAGCCACCAUUGCGCAGCAAUUAAAUCUGGAAGUAUCUACUGUUGCUAAUUUCUUCAUGAAUGCUCGUCGCAGAUCUCUUGACAAGUGGGUAGAUGACAAAGAUGUACAACUAACUGCCUCAACGUCUUCCCCAGUUCAUAGUCUGGAAGGGUCGCCACCCAACCACAGUGCACGCAUGUCAACCCACAUGGGUGAUCAUUGUGUUGUACGGUCAGCACAUGAUGCAAUUACCACUCCACACCUUGCUGAAUCAAUGAAUGACUCAGUCCUUAAUCGAAUCCCUGGUUGUCAUUCAGCUAUUCCAACUUCUGUCGAGCUUUCAUCAUCCCCUGCACCGCCUAGUUUAACUCCGGAUCCAUCAUUAUCUAUGAACCAUUCUGACGUCCAUCUCAAUGCACCCUGUCUUGUUAGUGAAGAUGCUCGUAACACCUUGCUUUUAUCAUCUGGUGACUCAAAUGUGUUGCCAUCUCAGUUGCUGAGUCAUUUAGUUGUUGGCGGACAAAAUGCUAUGUUAGUCACUCAAAAUGUAAGCCCGAAUGGUGAUAAGAACAUAAUGCACUCCACUCCACUUUCCUCGUCAUGCAUUACGUCAUCUGGUCUUUCUACCAUAAAAUCAGCAUUGGAUUCUCUGUGUGACCCUCCAUCUCUGUCACCUCAUUCUCAUCUUCCUCCCGCUCCCGUUGAUUCUUUGCACAAUAUUCAUCCUAUCCCACGUUCGAUGGCGCACCGAUCAACAUCUGAUACGAUUUGUGCUGCAAACCACGUCUUGCCUUCUGCAUCUACGCUUAUAGGUCAUGAUAGACUUAUUGUUGAUUCUAUUGGUCAGUCCUCAUCUACAACAGUCCUAACUUCCUCACAUAAUUUGGCUGACACUUUAGUUCUACAUGCAAAGCAGGAAGAUUUAAGUUCCGGCUUAAUAAUCAAUGCUACAUUAAACUGACUUAUUUGUUUCUUAUUCAUAUAUCAUGUUUUCAUAAUAUGCCCAAGUGCUGUGUAUGUUUAUUACAACUAUAAGUUCAUUUAAGUCAGCCUAUUAGUUCUGCGAUUGUGUGAUUAUGAACUAUCACUUUCUUUAAUUUCUGAUUAACAUUAUUUGUUAAGUUCGCUGAAAUGUUUAAUAUUUUCAAAAUGGGAAUUGUCCCCGUUCCCAGAAGGUGCAAUAUUUUCUUUUCACGGUCAUAGUAUUGAUCAUGACUUUUCUUUUUUUUUCUUGAUAAGUGUACAGUUUUGUUUGGUAGUUUUCAUUGGUUUCCUUGUUUUUUUUUCGCACAUAAUCGGGCUGAUUUUUCUUAAUUAAUGUGCUUUUUCAAAAACUUGAUUUUUUUUUGUGGUUCAUCAACUGCCGUUCCACGAAUUGUGCUGCAUUUAUUGCGGAUGUGGCAAAUUCUCUAUCUAAAGACCAAGUUUCAUCACAUCUAGUAUAAGUAGUAUGAUAAGUCAGUUUUCAGGCAAUAUAUGCCUUGCUCGAUCGAUGCCAUAGGUCCCUUUAUCCAUUUGUGGUGUCGUCUUUGCCAAAUAAGUAAUGUUUCCAUGAACGAAACGGUUUUAGCUGCUUCAAGGUUAUUAUUUACCAAUCGGUAUGUCCACUCAUUGACUUUUCAUUACACUGUUCAUUACUUCGUAAUCUUUAUAAUGUGGUAAUCCCUACAUUCAUGUACAUUGAUUGUUUCUUGGUUCUGAUAUGUUUAUUGUAAGGUUUGAUUACCACAAAAUAUACUAACAGUCUGUCAAAUCUAUCUUUUUGGUGCACACUCGACUGAACUAUAG